UUAUAAUUUCUAUAGUCGGCGAACGCCAUUUUGAGUAAAGUGAAAAAGUUUGUAUAGUGGUUGAAAAUCAUUGAAAUCCGUGAACAUCCGUCCUAAGUUACGUUAAACUUUAUUGUUUACUUGUUAUUUGUUGUUAACCCAUCUGGACGGACCAAGAAAAAAGGUUCGUUCACUGGGUCCUGUAGAUCUAAAUGGUUGGGCGCAGACAGCAUGUCUACUUUGUCAGGGCAAGCCUCCAAGGGGGAGAAAACCAAACCAAAAUUUCAAUCUUUGGAUAUAAAUAACUUAUAUAGAGUCAGCAGGGGUGAAAAUACAGAAAAAACACAGCAGAAAAGUUCGUCAGUCUACAUCAAACAUGGCAUGCAAUCAUUGGGAAAAGUGCCGAGUGCACGGCGGGCGCCCGCCAAUCUCCCGUCACUGAAGUCGGAGAGCAGCGAGACAGGAGCCGCGGUACCACUUGUCCCGCCCGGCGGUCCGGGAUGGGGAAAGCAACAGGAGGGUGGUGGUUCUCAAGGCGGUGCAGCGCCGACGCUCCAGUCGACACCUCAGUCGUCCGGGGGUGCGUCAGCGCCGACGGCAACGGUUGCGGCUGCCGGACAGACGGCGCCCAGCCAACAGGCGCCCGGUCCUGGUACUCAGCAACAGUCGAAUUCGAAUGCCCCUGCGGCACACCAGAAGCCACCGUCGCUAGUUUCGAGCGGUGUGACGCCUGCAACCGGCGACAAACUGUGGAGUUCGAUAACAAGCGGUUCAGAUCCUGCUCACCCACCGCCCUACCAGAGCGCCCAGUUCCAGCACGAGUUCCCGAGCCUCUCAGGCGGCCCCGAGGGCGCCGCUGGUCAAGGAGGUCGCGUUGGCGGACCCGCAUCCGAUGGAUACGGCGCGGCGCCCGGCGGCCUGAGUUUACGACCCCAAACGGAAGGGUCGUGGACGCAGGGGGGUGCAGGACGUUUUGGACCACCGGACGGGGCCGGUCUACGCGGUGCUGCGGGCGCCUCGGGCCCGAUGGCACACCCACCGCAGCUCUCGGGCCCGGGCGGCCCGAAUGGCCCUGCCCACGGACAAUCCUCUCAGCAACAUCACCCACCGUUGCCGCCGCAAUUUAGGAGUGUAAUGCCGUCGUUUAUGUACAAAGAUUUUGUUGGCACAGGUAGCUUUGCGUCCACUGGCUCUUCCGGAAUAUCUCACACGUCGCACAAUCCAGCCGCUCCCUCGUCGAUCAACGGCCGGGGUGGUAUGGGUGGCGAACGUGGUGGUAAUAGACCACAUCCGGAAUCGUCAAGACAAGCACCACCCCGCCUCAAUGACAAUCUCGAAGAACUGACUCCCCGACCCAUUAUCAAAGAGGAGGAAUUGAGUAGGAUGGUCGAGAUUAGUAAUGACAUGGGUUGGGCCAUUCAGGACGAGGUCGACUAUAACAAGACGUUGGCGUUCAGCGACGAUGAAUGCGACAACAGCAACAAAACUGCAUCAAGCCGAAGUGGUGAAAACAGGGACUCCAGGGAAAGGGACAACGUUGAAUCUAGGGACAAACUGCAAUCGACAACGCACGUUCGAGAGCACCCCAGGGACCGCGACCGUGACAGGGAUCGUGAUCGCGAUCAUAGAGAUCUGGAACGCAGCGACAGCCACUCGAGCGACGGAACCCAGCGCAACUGGAACACCGGUAGUUCCGGUGGAGGCGCGCGGUCCAUGAAUUCGCGUGGUCGCUCCUCCGAGGAAGAUGACAUUCGUUUACAGCGACGCACCCAGCAGGAGGUCGAACUUGCUGUGCAAAGGGCCAAACAACGAAAGGAGGAGGAGGAAAAGCGAUUCAAUGAGGCGACUAAACAAGGGGCUGCCAAGAAGUUAAUGGAACUUGAAGAGAAAAUACAGAAAAGGGACAGAGUCAAUGAGACAUCUGGAACCAUUAAUCCAGCCAAUGUGCCUGCAAAAGGGAUAAACCACACGCCCAUACCGCUGCCCGAAUUCCAGAAGGAUAAGGAAAGAUCCGACCGUAACGAACGGGAUGGCAGAGACAAUCGUUCAGGCACUCCUAACGAUACCUCCAACCACGAUGAUUCGAAACGCAACGACAGCGGCAAUAAUUUCAGACAUCUAACCCAAAUUGAAGGCAAGAAUUUCCCACGCAAAACAGCUAGCGGUGGCGGCAAACAGUCGGAUCGCGACAACAGGGAUCGGGAACGUGGUGACGGACGGUCCCAGAACGGACAGUUUUCCCGUCACUUCCAGAAUGAUCUGCCUCCACGUUUCUUGAAGAACCAACAGAGAAACAACAGUCAGAACAAUUUACAGCAAGCAGGCAUGCAGCAACCUGCACAACACUUUGGACAAUGGAGCGCACCUCAGGGUGGCGGAGUUGCACCACCCAAUGCCGCCAAGUCCUCGCCUGGCAUUAACAGGAAUGCCAGGGAUAGCCCCGAUAGGACUAGAGACGAAGAUGAUAGGAGGGAUUAUAAGCGUCAGGGUUCGGACGAUAGUUAUCGUGGUAGCCACAUGCAUUUACAACAUGACCCAUCACCUAAACAAUUGCCAACCCAAGAUAGUCAUGGUCGUUACGGCGAUGAUUGUUCACAAGAAUCCCGACAUCACGGCUACGACUACGGACGUAGAGAUCAACAACAAGACGACAAGUGGUUGCCCAAAGAUAAAGAACGGUCAGACAAGAAAUUAGAUGGGUACGGGGGUGGCGACCACGGUUCCAGAGAUGAUUGGCACGAUAGAAAGGAUAAACGUGACGAUAAACCACAAGAUAGGUACGAUAGGCCUCAGAGACCGGACAGUCGUGACUCCCGUUCGACGAGAGAUUCUCGCCAUUCUAGAGACUCUGAGCCACGCGACUAUAUGAGUCAGUGGGCGUCCGAGCCCGCAUAUGAAUCGUAUGAAGAUAAAAAGAAAGAACAACAGCAUGCGUUGCGGGAUGAUCGUCGAACAGUUCCGGGACCAAUUACCAAGGAUAGAAUCGAAGCCGACGACAUGCGAAACGAAAAACGAUCGUUAACACAGCUUAAACGUGGACAGAACUUGGAUAAAAGGGAUGGCGUUAAAAGAGACGAUAAAGUGCAUGAGGUGGAUGAACUGAAGAAAGCCAACAGUGCACUGAUAAGCGAUACGGGUGGCAAUGAUUGGGCUGAAUGUUUACCACCUAUUGAGGACUCGAAUGACGCCAAGUUCUCCGAUGACAAGUCAAACAAGACGUCGUCGAGUACUGACCUUCACAAGAACGACAAGCAUUUUGGUGGUGAACUGAAAAAGUCUGACAGUUUGGAGCACAAAGAUGGUGGAAGAAUGCGUGGUGGCCGUGGGUCUCAGAACAAAAGCGGAAGCGCAGGUGGAUGGGGUAACUCCAGCGAGUACCAUCGAUCAUCCGGUGGUGCUUGGAAUAAAAGAGCUGGUCGAGGUGGUGGACGUAGCGGUGGAAGGCCUUCGUCUCAGGUGAGCGGUGACUUCCACGGCACUGAUUCAGAAGGUUCCAUCGAAGACCACCACUCUGACAAGGGAAAGAAACAGGAGAAGGAUGAGAAAAAUCGCGAAUCAAAAGAAAUCUCAAAACAUCAAGAGAAAACUCAUGAUGGACAACGUAAAUCGGAAGGCGGCAAAUAUGACAAGCAUUAUGUUCCACGAGGUGAACCAUCCAGAAUAGGCAGGGGUGGUGCCAGUUUCGGCAGCCGCAAUAGUCGCAUGGGCGGACUGAGUAAGAAAAUAGACGGUUACGGACCUCCACCUAAAAGUCCAUUCGGGCAUCACGACGAUAGGGACAAGAAAGCGUCCAGUGAUGAAGCGUCAGUGGAUCCUCUCGCAACCGAGGAUAAAACCAAGUUGAAUCAGCAGGCCCUUUCUGCGGGAAUGGGUAUUGCACCUGGGGGCAGCAAGAAGGACCACGAUGAAAAGAAUCGGUCGAGAAAGGAUAAUAGACGUGGCAAGUCUAGAAGCAAAAACGAUGGCUUGAAAAAGGAUGAUGAUGUAUACGACACCAAUUCGGAACUUUCGGACGAAAAAGACGGAAAGUUGUCUUCAAAAAAAUCUGGUGGUAGUAGCAAUAAGUCUCAAUCGACAUCCAGAGGAUCCUCAUCAAAUCCGAGCAGAAGCGAUAGUAGGCGAAAUCCUCCUCCACGAAUGGGAGGCUCUGACAAGAGAUACGCAGAUGGUCAAAACUCAGUUCCACGUCAAAACUCGAAUAGCUCACUAAAGAGUAAAAAAGAAGACAAGAACGAACAGAACGUGCUUUGCAAUGCUAUCGCAGAUAUUUCCCUGAAAAACCGUGAAGCUGAUGGUGAGGAUAAAGAUGAAAGGUCAUCUAUUAACGGUGAUUCAGAAGGUUUCCAAGAAGUAAAAAGCAAAAAGACGGUAAAAGAUAAGCAAAAAGCAGAUGAGAAAUCAGGAACCAAGGGUGCAAAGAAUGAUAAAGAUAAGGAUAGUAAUGUUGGCAGUAACUCCGUUGGUGGCCGAAACGAUAGAGGCGUAGAAAGGAAGAAGACACAACAAUUAACACCUCAACAAAUUCAAAACAUUCCGUCUUUGAUGGCUACACCGGUUAAUCCGCCACAGUCCUUGCCGAAGAACAACUUUGAGAGGCCGCGGCAACAGAAACUGGCUCCCAGAUUUGCCAAGCAAAAACUUCAAAAAGCUCAAAUGCAACAGCAGCAACAUUCGCAUCACCUUCAAGAUGUAAAUGACAUGAACAAAGUGAAUCAGAACAUCAAUGUAUAUAACAUGAAAGAUGCUAAUGUAGUAUCUGCUACAGUUUCAGCAUGGGACAAACCAUUAGGUUCUCAAAUGCGUGGCAUUGAUCACGAUGCUAUGAUGGGUGUGACUAUGGAUAAUUGCAAAGGGAUGGAACCUGGACAGGUGCCUCAACAAGGUGCCAAUCCCAAUGCUGCAGAUAAGAUGAUGGCUAAAUCUCAAAUGCAACAGGAUAAAACGCUAUUGGACGGAACAACUGCCCCUGUUCAAACGAUAAUUUUCGAAAACACCAACUUUAAAUCUUCGGCUGCUCCGGGCAGUCGAAAUGCCGCACGGUCAUCCGGUGCCGAUAAAGCCCGGGGCGGCAAAAUGGAUGAUGGCCCUUUAGACGGCGGUAACACUGUGAUGUCCAACUUUAACAAACCUCUUACUGAACUUAUUGGCAAAGAUAAGUCGGACUCCAUACAGCUGCCUAUUUCGUUUAAGGAGGACAAUGGUGACAUGAAAUUGGAUUUCUUCGACUCGGAACUCAGUUUGACUGAUGAAAAGUCAUCCGCCAAAAUGAUUAUGUCUUCUAAAACGAUACACACAAGCGGAGCAACUCCAACAGCGAACAGCGCCAUGUGCACUGCCGAUUCGUUAAACAUUAAAAUUGCUUCCGUUAAAAAGGUGUGGGAAACGCCAUCAGCUGAACACGGUGUCGUACAGGACGAUACGAGCUCGUCCAAUUUUUCCAACGCUUUCGUCCCGGACGCUCAGAUAGACCCCAAUGUGUUCAAUAAGUCAGGGGACGGCGGAGACGAUGGCCACGAGGCUUACAACCAAUCACCAAACCAGUCGGCGCAAUCGACUACCACAAAUGUAUGUAAGGUAAAACCGACACAGCAAGUGUCUGGCACAGGAAACCAAACUGUGUUGAAUUCGACAUCGCACCAACAGCAUUCUGCCAUGGUGGCGCAGAGCCUUAUGGGCAAUCCACUGUCGCCACCACCUAUGCCUCAUGUGCCCGGCGCAGGCGUCGGUCUUGGACAACCACAACCUUACAGUGCUAAUCAACACCUUGGUUAUCAAGCUGGACUUGGUGGUAACACGCAAUACGGCAUGUCAGCAAUUCCUUCGCCACCCACAGUGCCAACGGUUCUGUACAACUCGACGCAGCCACUUCAGCCCGCCAACGCCGCCGGUCUCUACAGCACCUUCCAGAUGGAACAAGCGGCGGCCAGCGUGCUAGGUGGCCAACGGAGCUCUCAAUACUCCCAAUAUCCUCCCUUUGGCAUAGGUCAGACACCUUCCAGUCCUUACUCCACACAAUCGGUGUAUUUGCCACCGGCGCCACACCCACCUCCACCAACACAGGCUCCGCCACCGGAGCUAUAUCAGAACUUCAGGCUGGGAACGGGACCUUUCGGUCAGAACCAGCAGCUAAAUAAUCCCAGCACGGUGCUCAUAUCAUCCACAUCCAAUACGUUGAUGAGCGCGUCUGUCAAGCCCAGUUCGCAGCAGAUCAGCGCAAUUGGCACGAAAGCUGGAGGUGUGGGUCAAGCGUACGGUCAACAGUCGCAACAAGGCCAACAGAUGUACAUGUACGAUCCCGGAUUGCAGCACAACUAUAUAUCAAAUUUGCAACGCGGUCCUCCCGCGGGCCCAGUCCAAAGUAACGUGGUGCCGGCACUCCAGCCAUCGUCUUCGUACUACUCGGGAUCGACAGGAGGACAGGGUUUCUUCCAGCAACCGGGCAACUCUGCCAUGACCGGGGCACAACUGCAACAACACCAGGCGGCCGCGGGUUACGGUUUGCAGGGAUUCGCAGCGGCCGCCGUGGCCGCUGCUUCCCACAGCCAGUCGCACAACAGCGUCAGCUUCAAUUCCCAAUUUCUGUCGACUCCGAUGCAAAUGGCGGCGGCGAUCUCCCAGCAGUACAGGUCUACAUAUAUAAAGGCGGCCGCUGGUCAACCCAUGGGCGACCAGUCGGGUGCCGGAGGCGGAAGGCCGCAACAGCUUAAGAGUCCUGCCGGACAGGACGGUCUCUCCUCAGUGUUUUCGGGUUCCCAAAUUCCGUCGCCGAAGUCACGACAGAAUUCAAAGCAUCCGCCUCCACAGUCGAGUCCCACUGCCCAAACAAAACUGUUCUACGGAAACAUGGGCGGCAAUCAACAGAGCAAUGUGCAAAGGUACCCGACACCGAUCCAAAGGCCGCCGGUAAAUUUCCAGCAAAACAUGGGUUCAGUCCAAAACAACGUGAACCAGAAACACCGGUCAAGCAAUGUGGGAAAUAAAGCUCCCAAUCGGCAGUUUUACGGCGGCCAAAACAAUGCACUAUCCUCGCAAAACGAAAAAGUGGACGAAUCGAAACUAAAUGACAGCGGCAAUGGUGGAGUAAACACGAGCUCGUCGGCGUCCGCCCAAGCAGCUACGACCGGCCCCAAAACUUCGGUGGUGAACAACACGGACGGCCUCGGUAAAGAGGGCACUGGAGCCGCCUCUGCGGCCAGCAUGAAAGAGGAGGCUUCCGCGCUUAAAGAUUAGUGUUCCGUUCAUCCCGCGUUACUGAUCCAUUUACCGUUGCCGUUAAAUACAAUGCAAUUAUCAAAAACCACAUAAAUUAAGGUUACAAAGAAACGUGUUUAAAAGUAAUUGAAUUCAUUUUUCUGAAUUAUUUAUAAAUAUCAUUUUUAAACUUUAAAGGUGAUAUUUAUUUGGAACUAUUAGUAUGCAGUUUUUAGUUACAUACACAAAUAACUGAAUAAUUUCUGGAUUUCUCAUCGGACGGAUGUUCACCAUAUUUCAGAAGUUUAUAUUAGGAUUCCUCCGCUAAUUGUAAUUAUAAUUGUACGUAUACUCAAUGUGUUUUCUAACCUUACCCUAGAAUCAUAAACUUUAUGAUGGGGUUUAAAGCAAGUUUUUAAACUCUUCAAUGAUUUAAUAUAUUUGAUAGCCUACGGUGUAAGGCUUUAAUUCUGUAGAGAUUGUGUGGAUGCUUCUAUGCCUUCAAUUUUGUACUAUUGUAUUUUCUAUAACUGCACAAUCUCAUUCUUGAGUAUAUAUAUUUCAAAAUAUAUAUACCUAUCAUAUAGCUGAGUUUUUAGCGAUCUGUGUUAGGGAAUGUAGUAGCAAGAGAAUUCUAAAUGUGAGAGUGAAAGUGGUUAAAAAAUAGACUAUUAAUUUUUUAUUCGAUACAGAACUUUUAACAAGUGAAAACAUUUCAGGAUCAUUGUAGUUCUUGACAGAAAGGACUUUUGUAUUAAAAAGUGUAUAGGGCGGUUUCUACUGUGUUUCGUUGGUAUACAAAAAGACUUGGAAAUUUGCUGUUAUGUUUUAUUUACUUACUGCAAAUUUAUCUCGGAAAUUAUAUAUCUUUAAAUUAAGAUAUUAAAAACAUCCAAUAGUAUAAA